CUGUAAAAACUACAUAUAUGUCCUGUAAAACUACACAUCCCAUGAAGCACUGUACAUCCGGGGAACCGUGCUUCGAAGAAGAAGACAACAGGUUCCGAGUUAGUCAUUAGGCAUUAAACGGCUACCUGACGGACGCAGCGGACGUGUCAUAAUAGAACUUGUACAGAACAAAAUUCAAUCAUGCUGCUUCGUAAAGUGAGCCAGUCUUCGAAACUAUGUGGCUCCAUUCUCAGGAUUCCUCCUGUGCUGUCAGGAGGUCAGCGUCAGGCCGGGGCUGUGGUUUCAGUGCAAAAUGCUCGUCUCUACGCCAGCCAAGCUGCAGAGGCGGUGCUGGACAAGCAGGCAGCAGUCGGCACUGAUGCUGUCACUAAAGUGGAAAAGAAGACGGCUGCUGUUGAAUCCAAAUCAUUCGCUGUCAACAUUUUCAAAGGGCAGAUCGCAACUGCCCAAGUGUUCCCCUACCCUUCAGUCAUGAACGAGGAGCAGGAGCAGUUUCUCAGAGAGCUUGUGGGGCCUGUCAUUAAGUUUUUCCAGGAGGUGAAUGAUCCUGCCAAGAACGAUGCCCUGGAGAGGGUGGAGGAUGCCACCAUGGAGGGCCUGAAGGAGAUGGGGGCCUUUGGCCUGCAGGUGCCCGCUGACCUGGGGGGCCUCGGCCUCACAAACACACAGUAUGGCAGGCUGGUUGAGAUCGUUGGCAGCCAUGACUUGGGGGUCGGCAUCACUCUGGGGGCCCAUCAGUCCAUCGGCUUCAAGGGAAUUCUGCUUUUUGGGAACCCAGCCCAGAAGGCCAAGUACCUGCCUAAACUGGCCACUGGUGAGACCAUGGCCGCCUUCUGCCUCACUGAACCGGCCAGUGGCUCUGACGCCGCCUCCAUUAAAACCACCGCGGUCCAGUCCCCCUGCGGAGAGUUCUUCACUGUCACUGGAAGCAAGAUCUGGAUCAGCAAUGGAGGUUUGGCUGAGAUCUUCACAGUGUUCGCCAAGACCCCCGUGAAGGACCCGAAGACCGGCGAGAUGAAGGACAAGAUAUCGGCCUUCGUCGUGGAGAGGAGCUUUGGAGGGGUGACACAUGGCCCACCAGAGAAGAAAAUGGGCAUCAAGGCGUCCAACACAGCCGAGGUGUACUUCGAUAACGUCCGCGUGCCGGCCGACUGCCUGCUGGGCGAGGUGGGGGAAGGCUUCAAGGUGGCCAUGAACAUCCUGAACAACGGGCGCUUCGGCAUGGCGGCCGCCCUCUCCGGCACCAUGAAGGGAGUCAUCACCAAAGCUGUGGAUCAUGCAGCCAACAGAACCCAGUUUGGGAGCAAGAUCCACAACUACGGAGCCAUCCAGGAGAAGAUCGCCCGCAUGACCGUGCUGCAGUACGUCACUGAGAGUAUGGCCUACAUGAUCAGCGGCAACAUGGACAGCGGAUCGACUGAAUUCCAGAUCGAAGCUGCCAUCAGCAAGAUCUUUGCCUCUGAAGCAGCAUGGAAUGUGACUGACGAGUGUAUUCAGGUUAUGGGCGGCAUGGGCUACAUGAAGGACUCUGGAGUGGAGAGGGUGAUGAGGGAUCUGAGAAUCUUCCGGAUCUUCGAGGGCACCAACGACAUCCUGAGACUCUUCGUGGCCCUCAAUGGCUUCCAGAAUGCUGGGAACCAGUUGAAGAGCUUACAGAAGGCCAUGAAGAACCCCAUCGGCAACCUUGCGCUGCUCUCUGCAGAAGUCACCAAGAGAACCAAAAGAAAGGCGGGUUUCAGCACAGGUCUGACUCUGCAGGGCUCUGUGCACCCUGAGCUGGCACACAGCGGUGAACUGACCGUUAAAGCCAUCGAACAGUUCGGAGCUGUCGUCGAGGAGCUGCUGAUCAAACACGGCAAGAAGAUCAUUGAUGAACAAUUUGUCCUGAAGAGAGUGGCCGACGGUGCCAUCGACCUCUACGCCAUGGUGGUGGUUCUGUCCAGGGCCUCACGCUCUCUGAGUCAGGCCGGCCCCACAGCUCAGCACGAGAAGAUGCUGUGUGAGACCUGGUGUGUGGAGGCCUAUGAUAGGGUCAUGACUGACAUCAAGUCCCUGCGCUCCAGUGAGUCCAGACAGCUCUUCAAGAACAUGAAAGCCAUCUCUGCAGCCGUGGUGGAGACGGGGGGGGUGGUCGCUCCUCACCCUCUGGGUUUCUAAACGCACCGCGCCCCCUGAAUCGGAAUCAGUCUGGUUUUUGUUUUGUUUGACCACAUCUCUAACCAGGUUAAGGGCCGUGUAGAUCAAGUCCUUUAUGACCUUAACCAUUUUCGUUAUUGCCAUAAUUGCUCACACAUCACACAUCGGUACCUUUCUAUCUGCUUUGUUGCCCCUACAGUUUUGGGCUGAACGACUUGCACAGAAAACACAGUUUUACUUUUUUAUUAUCUCUUACUGUAAUAUCUUCAUUGCGCUUCUGUGUGAACACGUUAAUUUAUAUGAAAUUAUGAAUUAGCUAUUUAAAAUUGGUCGAUAGGAGAGAAAUCUUUUAGCCCUUAUACCACCUGGAUUUAAAGCAGUAGAUUUCUCCGAUGUGUGCAUGGAGCUUGAAUAAUGUCAUCAUUGAUUCUGUUAAAACAUUAAGUUAUGGUGUUUCGUUUUUUUUGUUUGAUGGAAAAUUAUAUGUCAACUUUAACGUAAUGACAGUUUUCCCUCCACUUUGAAUUAUACACUUAAUUAGAAUGUGUUCAAAUGUAUAUAAUGGUGUGGUGCUUAUGUACUUGAAUGCCUUUGCAUGUUAAGCUAACCUCUGCUCAUCACAGAAACAUUCAUGUCUGGAGCAAACCCUUUGCCUUAGAAACUGCUGUUGCAAGUUCCUGUUGUGACUUCACAUAACAAGAGCUUCAAAUGUUAAAACAAAAAAAGGUAAUCUUCACUCUUUACCAAUACGGUCACAUUAACUUACAGCUUAAGGUAGCAGACAGCAUUCAUUGUAGAACUGUUAGUCUGCAUACCUGGUGCUUUAAAUACAUCAUUUCUUGUACAAUAAUUGCACUCAAUUGUAAUCUUCUGUCCAAGCAUUCAUGAAACUUAAAUUAGAUCUGCACAUUCUUCCCUCCUAUCAAUGCUGCUGUUGAGAAAGAAAGAAAACUAUCAAACAUGUUCAUUUUGUUGAUAUAAUAACAUGCUUCUUUGUGUUAUCUAAUUUCCUUCGAUGGAGUCAGUGUUUGUGCAGAUCUUCUUUGAGGUUUCUUGGUACAAUAACACACCUUCCUAAUGAGAUUAAUAAAUACAAUUUAAAUUCA